ACAGUAGACUUGGCGCCUAUAUCUUUUAAUUCCUAAACACUCUUUCUCAACUUUCACAAACUUACAAAACCCUCUCUCUCUCUUCCUUGAAAUCGAAUCCUAUACAUACAUACAUACAGGCACAAUUGUGAAAAUCAGUACAAAUUCAAAACACACAAAAAGCAAUGAGUUCGAGUAGCGGAGAAGAAAGAUCCGAAAUCGCAUUCUUCGACGUGGAGACCACGGUGCCGACCCGAUCCGGCCAACGGUUCGCAUUGUUGGAAUUCGGAGCCAUCCUGGUUUGCCCUAGAAAGCUCGUCGAGCUCCAGAGCUACUCCACCUUGGUCAAACCAGCCGAUCUCUCUCUCAUCUCCACCUUGUCCGUACGCUGCAAUGGUAUCACUCCCGACGCCGUCGUUUCCGCCCCUACCUUCCUACAAAUCUCCGAUCGCGUUUACGACCUCCUCCACGGACGGAUUUGGGCGGGUCAUAAUAUACUAAGGUUCGAUUGUGCAAGAAUAAGAGAGGCAUUUGCGGAGAUUGGUAAGCCCGCACCUGAGCCUAAGGGUGCUAUUGAUUCAUUGCAAUUGUUGACACAGAAAUUUGGAAGGAGAGCUGGUGACAUGAAGAUGGCCACUCUUGCAACUUAUUUUGGGCUUGGGCAGCAGACACACAGGAGCUUGGAUGAUGUUCGGAUGAAUCUUGAAGUUGUCAAGUAUUGUGCAACUGUUUUGUUCUUGGAAUCAAGCCUUCCAGAUAUAUUCACUGCAAACAGUUGGGUUUCCCCAAAUGCUAUGACAAGAAGUCGUAGUAAUGUAAAAUCAACUCCAGAGGGGGUGAGUCUAAAAAUAAAUACUCCCCCAUCAAGUUCAAAGUUAAAUGAUGAUCCAAUGCUAUCUCCUACAAAUCAAGAGCCAGAGGAAAAACAUCCAAUUUUAUCUCUUCUGACACGCAUCACAGAACCUAAUACAGCUCAACGGGAUCCUUUUGACAUGGGCCAGCUUAGCAAUGAAAUGGAGUCAUAUGAGACGUCUUCCACAGAGUCUUCCGCAGCUGCUGUCUCCGAUGGUAGCAGUGACUCUGCAGGGUUUUUAGAGCCUGAUGAAGUUAAUAUUUCUUCUAUCAGCGCAUCUUUUGUUACAUUUUUUCGUGGGAGUCAAAGAAUACAAUUAUUGCAUGAAGGUUUCAUUUUGCGGCUUAGUUGUAGUCGUUUGAAAGUGCGGUUUGGAAUAAGUACAAAAUUUCUUGAUCAUGCUGGUCGGCCUCGGUUGAACUUUGUGGCUAAUGCCCCACAGAGUUUAUGUAAGGUUCUUGAUACAUGUGAUGGUAUUGCACAGAAGUUGUCCUUGGAUUCAGGUAGCAACUCUGAAUGGAGGCCUGUUGUGAUUAGGAAAAAUGGCUUUGUCAACUACCCUACAGUGAGGCUGCACAUACCAAAUACCAUAUCUGGAGAUAACCCGUACGGAACAGAGAUGUAUCAAAAAGAUUCAGGCAGCAUGCAGAAGCUUGUGUUCAGUAAAUACGAUCCUGCAGAACUUGAUCCCUUGUUCACUCCUGGUACCUUUGUGGAUGCAUUCUUUUCAAUAGAUCCAUAUGACUAUCAGCAGAAUGCAGGCAUUCGUUUGGUGGCAAAAAAAUUGAUUAUCCAUUCCAAUUGAUGAAAGAAGACAAUCUCUAAUCUGUUCAAUAGGACCAGUUGCUCUGUAAAUUUGUCAUGUUGGACCAAGUAGACUAACAUAAAGAAAGAAAAUGUUUUUAAUGUUAGGAUGGAAAGGACCAUUAAUACUGAUGAUUGAUUGUAAGAUAUAAAUGCAAAAUUUGUUCGAAUUUUUAUGUUAUAUGUGGCCAACAAAUUAAUAAACAGAUUUGCAUUUCCAAGUUA